GCAGGCCACGGCCGCGCGCACCGAGCCACGCAUCGUGGGCGCGGCCACCGGCUUGUGGGUUGUGGCUUAAGCAUUGGCACAGGAACCAGGCGACGGAGCUCGGGGCUCGGACGUACGCCAAUGGCGCAUGAGGCUCUUGUUGCGGUCUUCUUCCUGCUGCUCGUCGGGCAUUGCCUAGGCGGCAAGGUUGGCAUCUGCUACGGUCGCAACGCGGAUGACCUGCCGGCGCCGGACAAGGUGGUGCAGCUCAUCCAGCAGCAGUCGCUCAAGUACGUGCGCAUCUACGACACCAACAUCGACGUCAUCAAGGCCUUCGCCAACACCGGCGUGGAGCUCAUGGUUGGCGUCCCCAACUCCGACCUCCUCCCCUUUGCACAGUACCAGUCCAACGUGGACACCUGGCUCAAGAACAGCAUCCUCCCAUACUACCCGGCCACCAUGAUCACCUACAUCACCGUCGGCGCUGAGGUCACCGAGAAUCCCGUCAAUGUUUCCGCCCUCGUCGUGCCUGCCAUGCGCAAUGUGCACACCGCCCUCAAGAAGGUCGGGUUGCACAAGAAGAUCACCAUCUCGAGCACGCACUCGCUCGGAAUACUGUCCCGGUCGUUUCCGCCGUCCGCGGGGGCGUUCAACAGCAGCUACGCCUACUUCCUCAAGCCGAUGCUGGAGUUCCUUGUCGAGAACCAGGCACCGUUCAUGGUGGAUUUGUACCCGUACUAUGCGUACCAGAACUCACCAAGCAAUGUCUCGCUGAACUAUGCGCUGUUCUCGCCGCAGGCUCAGGAUGUGAUUGACCCCAACACUGGACUGGUUUACACAAACAUGUUCGAUGCACAGAUUGAUUCCAUUUUCUUUGCACUCAUGGCUCUGAAUUUUAAGACUCUGAAGAUCAUGGUCACUGAGACUGGGUGGCCGAACAAAGGUGCAGUUAAGGAGACCGGAGCAACAUCUGACAAUGCUCAGACCUACAAUACUAAUCUCAUUCGUCAUGUUGUUAAUGACAGUGGGACGCCUGCAAAACCUGGGGAAGAAAUUGAUGUUUACAUCUUUUCAUUGUUCAAUGAGAACAGGAAACCGGGCAUCGAGUCUGAGAGGAACUGGGGGCUGUUUUUCCCUGACCAAAGCUCUAUAUACAGUCUAGAUUGGACUGGAAGGGGAAAUGUGGACAUUAUGACAGGAGGAAACAUUACAAAUGCUAAUGGUACCUGGUGUGUUGCUUCUGCUAAUGCAUCGGAGACAGAUCUUCAGAAUGGUUUGAAUUGGGCAUGCGGACCAGGCAAUGUCGAUUGCUCUGCUAUCCAGCCAAGUCAGCCAUGCUACCAGCCUGAUACAUUGGCAUCGCAUGCUUCAUAUGCAUUCAACAGCUAUUACCAGCAAAAUGGGGCUAAUGAUGUGGCCUGUGACUUUGGUGGUACUGGAAUGCGGACAACUAAAGAUCCAAGUUAUGACACUUGUGUUUAUAUGGCUGCCGGUAAGAUGAGCACAACAAAUUCAUCCGCCCUUCCGGUUUUAAAUGGUUCCAGCCCAUCGCGAUUGGACGAACGCUUCUCCCGGUUGCUCUCCAUGCUAGCCAUUUGGAUUGCAGCCUGUGUUCUGUGAUAUGUUCGGAGAGGUAUUCUUGCUGAAGCCUUUAGGCAUGGAAUUUGGAACGGCAAUCGCCUGAUACUGGAAACCAGUACUGGUCCGUUUGUGUCUUGGGGGAUUAGUAGGUAGUGAGGUGCUAUUAGCAUAUGUGGUAGGAAACUAGUAAUUGCCUCGGACAAUAUAUACUAUGAGUUAGCAUCAAGAACUAGGAACUUUGUUCAGAUGAUGUCUCUUCGUUGCCAUGAUCCUAUUAUGCUCGCUGCAUUUUUCAGUGACGCUCUUUGCAUGCUUUCUGUUUCCUGGCACAAUAUUUUUUUUUUGCUGUU